UCUAUUCUAUUCCUACCUAUACCUACUACUACUACCUAUAUUUUUAUAAACUACCUAUUUGAACUGCAAUUUAAAGAUUUGAAAAAUGAUUCUGAAUACCUAUAUAUUUAAAUGAAUUUCAUUAUUUACUCUAAAAAUGUCUGGUAAUAUAUACGAUAAAAGUUCUAAUAAAAAAGGAGCACGACCUUAUACAUGUCGGGAAUAUGCAACAAAAAUAUCUUCAAAUUUACAACAUUUUAAGAGGGACGGCAGAUUUUGUGACAUAGAUUUGAUAUCGGGCAAAACGAGAAUCAAGGCUCAUCGCGUGGUUCUAGCUGCAAGUUGUGCAUAUUUUGAUGCCAUGUUCAGUGCAGGCUUGGAAGAAAGUCAAAAAGGGCAUGUAGCUCUUCCAAGUGUGCCGCCAGACAUUUUACCAAUGAUAAUAGAUUUCAUAUAUACAGGUGAAAUAAUGAUUGACAAAGCUAGUGUUCAACACUUACUGAUAGCAGCCGACAUGCUUCAGCUAAGAGAACUUGUUACAGGAUGUGGGGAAUAUUUAAGGAAAGAAUUGCAUCCAUCAAACGCUUUAGGAAUUUUCAGAUUCGCCGAUGCCCACAAUUGCACUGAGUUGGCUGAAGAAGCAUUAGCACAUGCACAAGCUAAUUGGAAUAUUGUUGCUAAUGGAGAUGAAUUACUGGAACUGCCUCUUCCUCAGUUGAUAACAUUAUUAUCUUCUGAACAGCUAAAAGUUGAUAGUGAGGCUCAGGUGUUAUACCCAGCCUUAAGAUGGCUGGAACACGAUCCCUCUGGGCGGCGCCGUCAUUGUUUCGAAGUGUUAGGUCAUGUUAGAUUGCCUCUCAUAUCGCCACAAAUUUUAGAUGAAGCUAUUAAAAACGUACAAGACCCUUCAAUUGCUGUCGCUUUGAAGACAGUGAGAGUUGAUAUGAAAACAGGCCGUGGCGCUCUAGUCCCGCUGGGAGCGGAGCCCCGCGCACGCGCGCGCCGCGCGCUGCUGCUGGCGGGCGGCUGCUGCCACGACUCCGCGCCCCCGCCGCUCGCCGCCGACAACAUACUCUCCUCCGUGCUCAAGUUUGACUUGUACAAGAGAGAAUGGGAAGAGCUAGCACCUAUGGGCAUUGCCAGAAUCCAGCCCGGUGUAGCGACAUUGGGAGGCCGAGUUUAUGCCGUCGGUGGGGAACAAGGUAGUCAGAUCCUUGCCAAUGGGGAAGUGUAUGAUCCGCAGACCGAUAAAUGGUCAAACAUAUCGCCGAUGAGGGAGGCGCGGUGCGAAUUCGGUUUGACCGGGUGGAAUGGGCACCUGUACGCUUUCGGCGGCUGGGUGGGUUCCGACAUGGGCGCCUCCGUCGAGGUGUACGACCCCGCCGCCGACCAGUGGGCGCCCGCGGGCCGCAUGCCCGAGCCCAGGUUCGGCAUGGGCGUCGUUAAUUUUGAAGGUCUCAUAUACAUAGUGGGAGGGUGCACGCACACGUGGAGACACACGCGCGACCUGCUGAGCUACCACCCCGCGUCGCGCAAGUGGCAGAAGCUGGCGCCCAUGCGGUACCCGCGCAGCCAGGCCGCCGCCGUGGUGCUGGGCAACCAUCUCUACGUCAUCGGCGGCAACGCGCCGCGUCGCACCGUGCUGGCUUCCGUCGAGCGGUACAGCUUUGAUGAUGACUCGUGGGAGGAAGUGGCUUCGUUGCGCGAAGCACGCGCGGGGUGCGCGGCGGGCGCGGCGGGCGGCGUGCUGGUGGUGGCGGGCGGCGACAGCGACAGCGCCGCGCGCGCCUUCUACCGCGCGCGCACUGAGCUGGACAGCGUGGAGCUGUUCCGGCCGCGCGACGCGCAGUGGCUGCCCGGCCCGCCGCUGCCGCAUCGCCGCGCCGAGGCCGGCGCCGCGCUGCUCUGACGUCUGCCACCGGUACUGCGCCCCCGCCCCCGGUACUGCCCGAUGACGAUUUUGUUACAAUAAUGGUAAUCAAUUUUUUCUUUGUCUUCGCUUCAUGGCUGUACGAACUUAGAUCUCUUUGCGUUUCCAUAAAAAAAUACUCCCUUAUUCGAUCCAUUACGUUCCGGGGUAGUGGGGGAUGGGUGCGAGUCGAGUCGCAUAUGGAAGACACUUUUGGUAUUGUAUAUUUUUCAGUAACUAAUAAUAAUUACUCGAAACACGUACUAUUAAUUGCAGACAGGUUUUAAAAAGUACAAAAAAUAUUAUUGUAGCUAUUUUUAUAGAAGAGAUUAUUAUAUAAAAAUUCAGUAAAUAUAACGAAAUGAUCAUAAAUACCCAAGACUGACAAAAAUAUAACACGUCCCAUCUCGCUUACUUCAAAUUAAUACAGGGUGGUCAACUUGGAGGUAUACAACUUAACAGCUCCUGACUUUUUUGUGGGGCUAUCUAAAAGCACGUGUCUAUGCAUCAUCCUUCAGCAAUUAAAACAAAAUAUUUGAGACACAGUCACUGAGAUAACGCAGGAAAUGUAUGAAAAUGUAAUGAAAAACGCGAUGAAAAGGGUUCGCAUCUGCGGUGGUGUUAGAGUUCCAUGUUUAACUGCCGACCCUAAAUACUAUAUUUAACAAGGAAUACUUGAAAGUGUAUACCUGUUAUUUGGCCACCCUGUAUAAGCUGCAGCAAUAAAUUAGGAAUUUAUAAAUUACAUGCUUGAUUUGGAAUUGGGCCUUCGCUAGGGUCUUGUAGUCGUAGCCUGCCUGACACGUGCAAGCGGUUCACCGAGUUCGGACAUUGCGUAGCAACUUAUCGUUCCUUGUACAAACGACGAGCGGCUGACAGGUUACCGUCACAAACAUGAUCAUAAUAUCUACUACACUACACACUACUAAUUAGUGUCAAAAAACAAAGUCUGUUUCGACACGACGUGACACAAUUUGAAAUAAAAUAUCACGUCAUAACACGUCGUUUCUCAAUCGAUUGAUGAAAGGUAACUGCUUCCGGGCUCCCGGCAGUCGAGGAUUCCAAAAUGUUAUGUCCGCCUAGUACCUACUUAGAGUUCUUCGCGCUAAUGGGAAAAAAAACCAUAGAUUUGUGUGUUUCUUCCUCAGCCGUUAAGCGUCAGAGCCGAGGGUCCACUAGCCACUAUUUUUUCUUCUACUCUUCGCAAUGGUAGUUAGACCAUCAUUGGUAAAACCGCUUUUCGAGAUCACUCUAAAAUGCAGCGCCGCGGUGUGAACAAGUAAUAAAUAAAGUACUCAUACAUCGCGAUACUUAAGAUUUUCUUUUAAAUUAUUAACAUCGAUAGUGAUUAAAAAUUGAAAAAUUAAUUAAAAAACGUAAACAACAAACUAGAAAGAUUUCACAUCAAACUUUUUUAUGAGUAGGUAAUAAAAAAUCAUACAGUACCAAGGAAUCGAAAAGGCAAUAUUUUUCCAUCCAUCUCUGUCUAUCCUAUUUCUUUCACAUUUUAAUUUAUUGCGGGCGGAACUAUCGCCUACCAGGCGCACACGUUAUUUACAAGAUUAAUAUUCACAUAAGAGAUAUAUAGACCUAAAUUGUACCUAAAUUGUUUACUUUGUAAUAAUUUAAAAAGUUAAAUAGCUUCCAUUGUUAAUAAGAUAACAUUUCUUAUUAUCGGUUUUACUUACGUUUUCAAUAAACACAGUUCCGUAAAAGCGAGCAUUAUUAAAAAGUUUAUAUCGCCCUCUCAGAGACUCAAAGAUCUUAGGUAUAAAAGCUAUGUUUUGAAUUUUCAUCAUCAUAAUUUGCACAAAUCCUGGUGCUGAGGUCAAUGAACAAUAAGUUGUAAAGAUACCGUGACCGUAAUUAAAAUAUAAAAGGAUCAAGGAUUCACAAAGCGUAACUCUAACGGCUGUGCUCAAAAGAUGUCGAAUUCGAUAAAGCAUUUUAAAUCUGUAAAAACGGUCUUAAUUAAGUUAGCAACAUGUUUUUCGAAACGAAGUUGGCUAUCGAGGAGAAUUCCCAGUUUUUUGCUUCUUCGACUCGUGCAAUGUUUUUGUUACAAACUUUGACGGUCACAAGCAAGAAUAUUAGAAAUUUAGAACCAGACCGUUUGUAUGGACGAGCCACGCUAUCCAAAUCCUCAUUUAUGUUAGAUAUAGCCUCGUCAACAUUUUCCGGUUUUGCAGAGAUGUAUAGUUGAACAUCGUCGGCGUGAUACUUGCAAUAUUUUAUGUUCUUUACAAGAUCUGCGCCAUACACAAUAAAAAGAAGAGGACCAAGUAUUGGUCCCUGUGGGACACCACGAUUUCGAGGUUUCAAGUCGGACAAAAUCAAUUUUCCAUCCUCUUUUCGAAUUUUUACACGCUGUGAUCGAUCCCCAAGGUAGCUACGAAACCAAGCGAGAGAAAUGCAAUCAAAAGCACGUGAGAAAUCCAACAGUGCGAGGCAAGUACCCCUACCGGCAUCUUGCUCGGACAGUACAUUGUCGACAACAUCCAAAAGAGUCAAACUCCCCUUCCUAAAGCCAGACUGAUAAAUCGGCAAAAUGUUAUUGGUCUCGAUAUAAUUGGAAAGUUGUAAAUAUUUCAAGCAACUUAGAAAGAUAGGAUAAGAUGCUUAUCGGUCUUAGGUCCUUAGGCACAGCGGGAUUAUCCACCUUCGGUAAUGGUGUAACGGUAGCGGACUUCCAUACUCUCGGCACCUUUCCAGAGGUCAAUGACUCAUUAAUCAUAUGAGUCAAAAUAUUUAAAGCGCGUUAAGAGUAUCAUGUCCCGACCGACACCAACGUCCCCCACAGCAUUGGUAUUAAUUGACAGAAUAAGCUUAGCAAUGUCUUCUUCAGUGACGGAAGUCAAAGAAACUUUGCGACGCCACGCUACUACCGGGAACGUCAAGGAAGAAAUCAUUAAUGGCAUUAGCGUCAUGAAGGGCAUCAGGAAGACAGUCCGUAAUUAUUUGAAUUCUUUACCGGUAAAGUCUUAAUGUUUUGCCAUAGUAAUUUUGAAUUUUUUGAUAUAGAAUUUACGAGAUGAUUAUAGUAUGCUCUCUGUUCACUCAAAAUACUCUUUUUUACUAAAUUUUUAAACUCUAUGUAAUAUUGCUUAGAACUAUCAGAUUCUAUCCUUCGAUACCUGUCAUGAGCCGCAUCACGCUCAGCCAUCAUUAACUUCACGGUAUUAUACCCUAUUUACCAUUACGGCUUUAUACAUCAUUGACCAAACAUCUUGUAUACCCGAUUUCAUUAAAACGCUCUUGGGGACCAACGCAAUCACGAAAAGGCAUUCUAUGUGCACAAAUUGAAUAAAAAGACAAGAAUAAUUAUGGUAAAUACUUAAAAAACGAAGUAUCUACUUAUGUCACGAUAAUAUAAAAGUAGAGUUUUCAAUGUUGUGAGAGAGGCAGCAUGUUGCGGUGCGGACAUGUAAAAACAGUUUAUUGCUGUGGCUUACGUACCAUUAUGUACUAUAAUAAAUCUGAGAGAAGAGAUCUGCGACUAACUGUCACUGGUUGUACACAAAAUGUAUACAAAAUCAAACUCGAUAGCCCUACUUUUACUUUAAAUGAUAUCAUGAAUUGUUUUUUUUUAAGAUUCCUUUUACGAUUAAAAUAGGCAAAUAAUAUUUUAGUAUUAUUUUGGAUAUAAAAUGUAUUUUAAUCAAAUUUAUUGUACUAAUUUGAGCUAAAAUGAUAUGUACUAUUCCAUACUCGGAACUUCCGUACUUGGACUCGUGUUCUGAAAAGUAGAAUUUUAUUGACUAUAAUUAUUGUAGUAGUGUUAGUAAUAUGUUGCUGUAAACCUAGUUUUCCAAAUAAUUAUAUAAAAUACUUCCAACCUAAAAAUAAGAUUUUAUUGGCCGUAAUAAGCAAUAUAAACACGACUGAUAUAGCAAGUCUAAUUGUGAUCCCGGUAUACGUUGGGUUACAUAUGAAGAUUGUUAUCUCGUAGCUAUAUUGAAAUUAAUUAGAACAUCAACCCGUCAGUUUUGGGUUGGUUACCUUUUAAAUGUAAUAAAACAAUCAUCUCUAAACAGGAGUUGGAAAGCCAUUUUGGAAUAAUGAAUUCAACAAGAGACAUCUUGUUUUCUUAAAUUUCCUUCAAUAUAGCUAGGGGGUUCAAUAUUUUUUCUGUUGACUCAUUUCAAAUGUGGUAAGAAUAAAGUAUAUAUUAAAAUACUAUAAUCAUUCAUUUACCUAUACUUAUUUUUAAAUCUCUACGGCAUAGGUAGACACAAGCUGUGUAUUUUAUAAUUUUACUGGGUGAUAUUAAAUACUAUGAAAUAAUUUUAAGUAUUGUAAUGCAUAGUUAUAUUAAUUCUAAUAAAUAUUUUUUACAA